CACAAGUAGAUCUACUAGUAGUACUACAUAGUCGGUAGGUCUACAUCGAUGGUUGUAGUACAGUGGUCUACAUCGAUGGUUGUAGUACAGUGGUGCGACAGCUGAGCUAGCACUGGACCAGGGUGUGACAUAGAUCAAAGUAAGUUGCGUUGAGGGGUUUCCUCUUUGAAAUACCUUUGCUUCCAGGUUCGCACCACUCCAGAAGCCUCUUGUCCGUCCAAUUCAGCACCGCCACUCGCGUAGAUCCACGCCGCACACGAAUGCUCCGUUGAUUCGGGACGAUUCACCUCGGCCCGUUGGCUCUGCAGUGCUGUCAUGUGUCCGGACGUUUCCAUUCCUCCGGGUAACACUUUAUUACAGCGCCUCGUGGCUCUGCGGCAGAUCGAAUCGACAAGUGGCAGGCGCAUCUAUCUCUACGCAUAAACAAAGUCAGUUUGUGAAAAUAGUCUAGAAGUGUAGUGGAGACCGCUCGGUGGCUGGCUGUACAGGACCGCUCGCCUUUACUCUGGCUUUAGCCUAGGUUUUAUCGGCAACAUGGACGCCGACUAACCUUGUGCGAUCACUAUUGCAAGUGUUGGGAUACAGCAAGAACGUUAUUCAACUCACUUGGACAGGUACUCAAUAGUGUCGCACUGCGGUGUAGAUCGACUGCGGACCGAAAAGAGAGAAUUAAAUUUUACUUACCUGCCCAACUAACUUCCCAAUGCCACUGUCCCGGAACCUAGCAUGUUGUGUAGCUGCUCCUUGCCGAAGUGCGGACAAUGUUGCCCCCCAGCGACGGAAUGAAGCAACACAGGCUUCUCUUGCUGACAUAUCUACUAUCGGUUGUGUUCUGCCUGCUGUCUGGAUUUCAGGCGUUCUCCACAUUUCGUCUGGACGGUGAACGCCGCGCCAGGAUUGUCAAAAGAUCGCUGUUCAGUGUUGCGGCCCUGGCCCAGGAACAAAACCGUAACGUGACAGAGGCAGUACACAGUAUUGCACUGGUGCGAGUAGGUCCGCCAAUCGCCCGCACUGGCCCAGUACCCGCUGCAACAAGUCCACUGCCUUCGCACAGUAGAUCUACCGUUGGUCUGGUGAAAGGUGGCGAGUCAACCGCAGGGCAAGCUUUGCUGGAUGACCAUGACCACGAUGAUUCGGAAGAGCUGACAGAAACUGCUCAAGAUGUCCUCCUCUAUCGUCAACAAUUAGAGUACCGACUUCGCGAGCUGCAGGAAAUUGAGAUAACUUCAGAUUCGUUUGGGGAGCUUUCUGAGCACCAGCUGCUCGGGUACCAUCAGCGCCGCAGGCCAACGAAUGAAAAGCACUCGGUACAGUUUUAUCGCAGGGCUGGCAAGCACCGCACUUUUGUCCACAACAAAGUUUCGGUUCACAUGAACGGCAACAGCGGCACUCUGGUGCAGAAGAAAGCUCAAGAAGAGUCUCGUUCUAGUUCCAGUAGCCCCGAGUUUAACAAUGUUCUCAGCCGGUCUUCCGACAGCGCGAAUCCACUGCCAGUUAUUAUCCAGGGCAAGCCUGAUGUAGAUGCUGAGAAAAAGUCCUUGGUGGAUGAAGUUCUUGCGCAACGGCACAAUUACCAGACUUUGCCACCUUCCAAAUACAAUCAUGCAUCACCAGUGGAGCGUGUAUGCAAGGCUACAACUGGAAAAAUAGGUGAGCCGGGCAACUUCGAGAACGCCUUGACCAAAGCAAUGGAGGAGAGACUCCUGCGGCACUUGUUCUACGACGACGACAUGGAGGCCGUCUUUUGUGUUGUCCCUCGACUUGGAAAUUCUUUGCACUCUGCAACAUCACAUGUAUGGGAUUACAUCCUCCAGGAGGUUGCUGACAAGUUCCAAUUUCACAACUCAAGCUACUCACUGAAGCCACUUGGCCACUUGGCCAUGCCGGAAAUCAGGGAUCGACUGAGAGCCUACUACAAGUUAGCCAUUGUGCAGCAUCCCGUCCACCGCCUUGUAUCACUGUAUGGAGAAUUAUCAUCACACCUCACGGACAAUCACACAUUGAACAAACUGAACAGUUCAGUUCCUGCGACAGGCGACAAUACCACACAGGAGCAGGAUCCAUCAUGGCAAGGAAUGAGUCCGGAGCGGAUUCUAACUGAGGCCGGCAAUGCUUCAGGGAACGUGACCUAUCGGAGUGUGAUGCAGUUCCUCGCCAAGCGCGGUCCAGUGUUGACGGGAGAUGACUGGAUGCCCGUCACCGACUUGUGUCAGCCCUGCGUAGUUCAAUAUCAUUUCAUUGCCAAGGUGGAGGAGCUUCCGCAGAGUGCUGUGCAUGCUCUGCAAGCAAUUGGCAUAGCGGAUGAAGUGACUUCUCCCGUGCGUAGUGAGAUGACAACGCUUGCGAACACCUCAGUUGUGAACCACUUGAAUUCAGAGUUAACAGUUAAAGAGUUCUAUGAUGUGCAGAAUGCGUAUCACCUGGACUGUCAAUUAUUUAGCUAUGUUGCUAAGCCUCCAGCAUUUCUCUAAGUUAUUUACACAAACAACUCCCACCCUAGCCCUAAUUCCCCCCUGGAAAUGCCCUAUAUUCAAAGCACCAGCACCAACGAGAAAUUGAUGUUGAGUACCUAUCAUUUUUUCACCUUGAGUUGAACAUUAUUAAUUUUCCUAUUAAACAAGAUACUUACACUUACA